GUCGGAUAGUUAUCAUUUUUCUUGAUGGUUUGCACCAUCUCCAAAAAUUUGUUGAUCAUAAUCAUUCACCUCAAGCUAGCAGUGCUAGUAUUGUCAAAACAACCGCUCAUAUCAAGAAACAAGCACAAGAAACAAAUAAUCAACCAGCACAAAUUAUUCAAAAUAAUAUUGUCAAUGUUCCAGAAGAAAUUCAUCCUUAUAUAUCAUCACAUAAUGCUCUUCAUAUAAAAAUUAAGCAUGCUAGAAGAACAGAAAUGUCACCACAACCAAAAACUCUUGAUGAAAUCAAUAUUUCAGAUUCACUUCAUUCUACCUUGGAUGGUGAUCUUUUCCUUGUGAGAGAUUCUAUAAUUGAUCAAGGACGAAUUCUUCUUUUUACAACAAGAGCUAAUAUUCAGCAUUUGAAUCAAAUAUUGUUUUGGAUUAUGGAUGGCACAUUCAAAACAGUUCCAACACUUUUUCGCCAACUAUAUACAAUUCAUGCACCUGUUGGUUCAGAGAAUAAUUCUAGAAUUCUUCCACUUGUAUAUAUAUUAAUGACCAGUAAAUCUGAAGAAUUAUAUAUAAAAUUAUUUCAAGAUUUGAUUAAUUUUGCAGAAGAAAAUGAUAUUCAACUGAAAUCCUCAAGAAUUCUUACAGAUUUUGAACAAGCAGCAAUUAAUGCUUCAAAUAUUGAGUUUUCUGGUGUUACUAAUAAAGAAUGUUUCUUUUAUUUGGGACAAAGUGGUUGGCGAAAAAUACAAAAUUGUGGAUUAGCAACUCAAUAUGGUGAAAAUGAACAUUUUAGCUUCAUGUUACGUCAUUUAUUUGCUUUAGCUUUUUUAUCACAACAUGAAAUAUCUGCAGCAUUUGAUAUUUUGAAACUGGAAAUGUCACCAGAAGCAAAAGAAGUAGUACAAUGGUUUGAAGAUAAUUAUGUACAUGGAAGAAUGAGAACACAACUGCGAAAUGGAAUUCCACGAACACAAAAUAAUGUAGAAGCUUGGUAUUGUCGUUGGGAAACUUUGAUUGGUCAAGCUCAUGUAGGUGUCUAUACUAUUAUUAAAGAAUUUCAGAAAGAACAACAAAAAGUUGAAUUUCAGAUUGAAAAUAUUCUUCGUGGUGAGCAACGUCCAAAGCCAAGAAAGAAGAUACUUGAUAGAGAGAAAAGAAUUAUGACUGUUGUUGAGAAUCGAGCAAAUUGUACAGUAAUGGAAUUUCUUCAUGAAAUUGCACACAAUCUUUCCUUGUAA